ACUAUCUCUGUCAUGGAUACUAUUAGGUUUGGCAGACUCACUAUUUCAAACGUGGUUGCUAAAGAACAUCUUCACCUUUACGACAAUUACGAUUUGAUCAUGCCACAUUUUGUUGAUCAGCGCCAUAUUGAUUAUGACAUUGGUGAAAACAACGGACUUCCGGUGCAUGUGGGUCAUGGAUCAUUCGGAGACGUUUUCCGGAUCCGGUUUACGGACGGGCGAUGUUCAGACACUAAAAUAUGUAUAAAAGAAUUCACAGAAAAAUACGGAACCAAACCAGAAGCGAUUGAAGAGGCAAGAAAACUGCUAUAUCUCUCCGACACCGGCUAUGUUCCUGUAUGUUUCGGUCUCAUAGAAUUUACAAACCAAGCUAUCAAUCAAAAUAGCUUCGGUGUUGUUCAAGAGUUUAUCGGGGAAGGCCAGACAUUUCAUAGAUUCCUUCGUCAAAGUAAAAACAACAUCAGCAAAGCUGACUGGAUCAGUAUAGCAUUCCAGCUGGCGCAUGGACUGGACAAGUUCCACGACAAACGAAUACUGGUCAACGACAUAAAGGCUAACAAUGUUGUAAUGUAUAAACGUAAGCAAGGCCACAGACUCAAAUACAUAGACUUCGGGCUGGCGUCCUAUCGUACUGGACGCACGUUUCACCCUCCUUCAGAAAAGCUUGCGCGUUUGCGCCACUUGGCUCCGGAAGUCCGAAAUGGUUUUCGGACAAACGAGUCGACGGAUGUGUAUAGUCUUGGUUGCCUUAUGCGAGAAAUAAAUGUUUAUGGAAACAUCAAGGAUUUGCUGUUGAUCAGUCAUAUGUGUACCCGUGAUGCACCAAAGAUGAGACUAUCGGCUCGCGCCACAAAGCUUCUGAUCGAAAACAUUGUCGACGAGUGAUGUUACAUAUGUGGAUGUUCUGACAUAGAUGUCAGAUGUGGAGCAUCUCAUCUAUCAAAAUGUCUAAGUCGGGUGCCUGGGUCAGAGGAGCUAUUGCUGAUGUGUUUCAGACAUUGUUGCAACUUGUAAUGAGCAUUUAAAAUGAUUCAACAAGGUCAAAAUAUUUCAAUUUGAGAACAUUUAUUUCUUUAUUUUGGAUUAUUAAAACGAAGUCACACAGAGCGAUACCAAAGUGUGGCUUGGCAUUACUUCGGAGUAUAGUGCCUUAGUUAGUCGUUUACAUGCGAGAUGUAAUUCAUCAGUUGACUUCAAUUGGCCAAAUGUAAAGAAAUAAAGAUGAAAAAAGUGGGGAUUUGGGAUAUGUUACCCUGGUAAGAUAUGGAGAACUUCAGAAAUCUGCAAGUCAGAGAUCUGUGGUUCAAACCAGAGCGGAGGCAUCGGGGAAAAUUUACAAUAACGCUUUAUAGAUUUAGAGCAUGGACAUAACUCGUUAUACCCAUUACUCAUAGUCCGUGUAAGCUUAUACAAAUACCCGCUGCUGUUUAAUGAGAUAUAGACUGAUAAAAUAAAACGUAAGAAUUUAUUACGAAAACAUACUAUGCUGGCAUAUAAGCAUAGCCUGUUUUCGUUAUGAAGUCUUACUUUUUACUGUAGGUUUUCUCCUUAAAUAUGGAAAACCGUACCAUAUUGAUAUCUUCUGUCUCCUAACAGUGAGUGUCGUCUUCCACCUGUACAGUCAUUGUAUACAUUUUUAUCCCCGGUUAGAGUUUUCGGCACGUUAUAGCCACGACUUUCUAUAUUGGGCCGAUGGUUAUUUUGUCAUUUUGAAAUGUUAAUUCUUUUUUACCGUAAAUUUGAUACAAUGUGUACAUUAUUCAGCUUCUCUCUAAAAGUUUCCUAAUUUAUAUAUUAUAUUAUAGCUUCUCUCUAAAAGUUCCCUAAUUCAUAUAUUAUAUUACAGCUUCUCUCUAAAAGUUUCCUAAUUCAUAUAUUAUAUUACAUCUUCUCUCUAAAAGUUUCCUAAUUUAUAUAUUAUAUUACAUCUUCUCUCUAAACGUUUCCUAAUUUAUAUAUUAUAUUACAGCUUAUCUCUAAAAGUUUCCUAAUUUAUAUAUUAUGUUACAUCUUCUUUCUAAAAGUUUCCUAAUUUAUGUUUAUCUUAUUUAUAGCACGCCUCGUUAAUGGACAAGGCAACACAUGUAUAUGGUUGAUAUUUUGAUUGAUACAAUGUAAAAUAUCUUACAUUAUCGGAGAUUGUGAUGAAGUGUAUCAUAUCAAAUGUGGUUAAGUUCAAUGCUUUAUUAAGUGACCUUUUUCACAUCUUAAAAAAGACAGAGUAAAUGAACUUGUUUUAGAUCACUUUCAAAAAAUAACGGUAAUUUAAUUGUAUUUAGUACAGAAAAUAUUACCAUUUAUAAUGUCUAAAUUUUAUCUCUCUUAUCUAUCAGCUAGAGUCCUUCCCUUCGUUUCACUCUGUCAGCGAUAAGCUUGACAGCCGAUGUGAGGCUUCCAGAUAGUAUGAUAUUCUAUCAGCAUGGCUUUUUAUAGACGGCAUUUUAUGACAGUUAUUUUUUUAAUUCAUGUAUAACUCAUACGUAUUCA